AUGAUCUACAGCCGACUGUUUAUAUUGGCAAUUUUAUCAUGUACAGCUUGCGCAUCAAUUCUCUUGGUGGAUUCAAACAUCACUUACAAUGACCGUAUAGCGGCAUUCGGUCCUCGAUUACUAGGGGGAGUGGAAGAUGGACCUGGUUUGCAGGGAAAUCUAUUACCACCCAUUCUAGAGAAAGAUCGUUAUGGCUGCGAGGUUAUCGAGCCACCGACAACCGAAUGGAUUGCCUUUGUCGAGCGUGGCGAGUGCUCGUUCAUUGACAAGGUCCGAGCUAUGCAAGCUAGCGGAGCGUUGGCGGUCGUAGUCGGAGAUCGACACUUUAACGGUUGGAUUACUAUGUAUGCACCAGGUGAUACUUCUGAUGUGCGUGUCCCCAGUGUAUUUGUGGCACAGCACCAAUAUCAAAUUCUGUUAAUGCUGACCGACAAGCAACAUCCACUAAGGAUUGAACUAUUAAAGGAUGAUAUGUUAACCUGGCCAUUACUAGAUAUGCUUCUUGUGGUUGUUCUUUCACCAGCAGUCAUGAUGCUUUCCAUCUACAUCACAUGGCGAUUGAGACAACGACAAUUCCGUAAACAAGAACUAGCACCUUCUGAUAUAGUUACCAAACUUCCGUUACGUACAUUCAGACGGGAAAAGUCCAUAGAUGUCGAUCACGAAGAGUGUGCGAUUUGCUUGGAAGAUUAUAUAGAUGAAGAUACUCUACGAACUCUUCCGUGUCGCCAUGAAUUCCAUGCUGGAUGUGUUGAUGCAUGGCUUACCUCUCAUAAGAAAUUUUGUCCCAUAUGUAAAUAUGAUAUCUGUAAGCGGGCACCUGGGGGAAGUAAUGAACAAACACCUCUCCUCGGAGCAUAA